UUGGUUUUAAAAAUUCCAAACCACUGAAACCAGUUAGUAUCAAUGAUUGCACAAAUCAUGUUGCCAAUGAUUGCAAUUUUCGUGCUACUUGGAUCCAUAGCAAAUUGCGGUGGCAAGAAGAAAGGAGCAGCUGGAGCCGGAGCCGGAGUUGCAGCCAACAGCCCAAAAAAGGCAGAUGGACCGUCGAAGAAGGAAACGAAGAAAGAAGGAGAUGACGGAAACUACGAGGAACUCGCCGUCCCACAAUGAUCCCCCUGCAUCCCUGUCUCCCAGUUUCUCGAACUCUACAUCUCUAGCAAAAUAAAUAAUUUUUCUGG